AUGCUACGCCCAGACCUGACUUGUUCACAGCACGAGCAGGAAUACAUCGAAGCGCUAAAGGAGAGUGACCGUCUCCAAGUCUUUCAACCGAAAGUCGCCGAGGUCUGGAGACUUGCCUUCAAGACUCCACCGCCUAGCACACCAAGAACAUUCGUCAUCUUAUUGCUCACGAAAGAGACGAAACCAGAUCCCAGAGGGGAACGGGCAUUCAUCAACAUCUCGAUCCCAUUCCAUCAUCCUGAUUGUGUACCAAAAGAGGGGAAGGAGAAGUCGAGGGUGCGUGGAAAGUAUGUCUCUGUUGAGCGUAUACAGGAGACGGAAGGUGGAAGAUCCGUGGAAUGGCGGAUGGCGACAAGCAGUGAUGCUGGUGGUGACAUUCCACAGAUACUCACCAGGGUGAGCCUACCGAGUAGUAUAGCGGAAGAUGUGCCUUGCUUCCUGGAGUGGCUAGCUAAGCGUUCGAUAUAA